GAUCGUGGCCUUCUGCCACGGCCUCGCUUAACGCCUCACAGCUCAACCACCACCUACUUAGAACGGAUCAGACCAGAUGCGGUGGUGGCUGUACCGCCUCGCGGCUGCAGCGGCCUUCCUUGCCGCCGCGCUGGCUCUGAGGUCGCCGGCGCCGCUGCGGUUCGCGUCGGGCGGCCGGUUCAAGGUGGCGCUGUUCGCGGACCUGCAUUACGGCGAGAACGCCUGGACGGACUGGGGCCCCGCGCAGGACGCCGCCUCGGACCAUGUCAUGGCCACCGUGCUCGACGCCGACAAGCCAGACUUCGUGGUGUACCUCGGCGACCUCGUGACAGCCAACAACGUGCCGAUCCCCAACGCGACCCUCUACUGGGACAGGGCCAUUUCUCAUUCCCGACGCAGGGGCGUCCCGUGGUCCACCGUGUUCGGCAACCACGACGACAUGCCCUUCGAGUGGCCGCCGGAGUGGUUCUCCCCCGCCGGCAUCCCGCCCGUGCACUGCCUAUCAGCGGCGGCCAUGCAAACCUCAGGGUGCAGCUUCAGAGGGACGCCGCGCAUCGAGCUGAUGAAAACCGAGCUCAACCGCGACGGUGCAGACGGGUUAUCGCGCUCGUCGGUCGGGCCCCAGGAGCUCUGGCCCGGCGUCUCCAACUACGUUCUGCAGGUGCUCUCGCACGAGAAGCAACAAGACCCUGCUCUGCUCAUGUAUUUCCUCGACUCGGGCGGUGGAUCCUACCCGGAAGUCAUAUCCUCUGCACAGGUCCGGUGGUUCGGUAACCAGUCUCAGUCCCUCAAUCCAGAUGGCAGGAUUCCUGAGCUGAUUUUUUGGCACAUACCAAGUACAGCAUACGUCAAGGUGGCACCAAAGUCUAAGACUGAGAUCUGCAAGCCCUGCGUUGGUUCUCUCAACGAGGAGGAUGUGGCGCCACAAGAAGCCGAAUGGGGCAUGAUGGACGCUCUUGCCAAGAGGUCUUCAGUUAAAGCGAUCUUCGUGGGGCACAACCACGGGCUCGACUGGUGCUGCCCGUACGAGAAACUCUGGCUGUGUUUCGCGCGCCACACGGGUCACGGAGGAUAUGGUGACUGGCCAAGAGGGGCAAGGAUCGUUGAGAUAGCCGAGAAGCCGUUCUCUGUCCACUCCUGGAUACGGAUGGAGAACGGGAGCACGCACAGCCAUAUUACAUUGUCUUGAGUUUGAUUCGGGUAGGAUUCAGACUCGUCUGCACAAUGCAAACAAUUUGUAACUUUGUAUUCGAUGAUA